UACAUACUUCAUUUAUGUUGAUUGGAUCUUUAUAAAGUGAACGUGUUUUUAAGUGUCUACCAUUGAUUUAAAGCUUUUGUUUUAAGCUUUUAAAUGGUGCACUUAAAAUUCAUGUGUGUCAAUUGCAUCCUCACGAAUUUUCGUUAUUCAGAACUCAAAGUUUGAUUCCAUUUUUUUGCUCCUAAGUGUAGAACAUGAAGUCCUUAUUUUUAAUAAAUACUUUUAUAGUACUUAUAUAUUUAUUUAUAUUCUAUUUGGGAAGUAUACAAAAAGACAAAACAAUUUUAAAAUUUUUACCGUACGAUUAUAGAGAUUUUUGUGAAAUUUUGUGUGUGUGAUAUGGACCCGGUAGGUGUCGCUGUUGUCAAGUUAUAGUUAAAUUCCAUAUUUGGAGUCCGAAUGACUGUUGGAGUGUAGGUAUAAAUUUUUAUGAAAUUUUGUGUGUUCAUUCGAGACAGAUUUUGUUUUUAUAGUUGGACCUGGUACGUGGCGCUGUUUUCAAGUUAUAGGCAAUUUCAAUAUUUGAGGUUCAAAAUAGCUCAUAUUCAAGGCAAAUAAAAACAAACAUGAAUUAAAUCCUUAAAAUGUUAAUUCCAGAAAUAUAACUGUUUCCUUCCAGGAUAUCUCACAAUUGAAAAUUGGUAUGAUAAACAGCAACUUAAAAUUUCUUUAAGUUGCGUCUCAACUACCAUUACCUAAUACAAUUUCUGCAUUGAUUUCAAAUGAUUUAAUUUUUUAACAAAACAUUUUAAUAUUUAUAGACGUAUGAAUAGAAUUAAGACGGAAUCUUUUCAUUUUUAAUGGUUUUUUUUUUACUAUUGCUUGCUAUUGCUAUUGUUUCGGUAACUGACUCCAAGAUUACUCACACGGUAACCGUAAAGAAACAAAUACAAACUUCAAUGAAACCAAAAUAUGUUAGAGAGAGAAUACUAUUUUUAAAGUGGAUUACAAAUAAGCGUUAAAAGCGGAAGCUACAUACCGCAUAUAAAUACAUCAGAAGUUAAAACGAAAGUGAAGAAAAUAAAAACAUUGGUUGUUUGUAAAGUCGGUUUACGCACGAUAAUUUUACGUGAUAACUUCAUAAGAAAACAGAUUGUGUAAAAAAAGUAAAAAAAUCGUUCUUGGGAUUCUAAUCAUUCAACAGUUUCACAAUAGAAUGUGAGAAUAAGUCAUAUUUUUUUUAUUAUCAUCGAUUAAGUCACUUUUUUUCAAAAAAAAAAAAAAGAAAAAAAAAUUAAGUUAAACGAGAGCCAGUUUUUGUACAUUUGUGAAUUAUAUAACCUUUAUUGGAUAAAUAAAUUCCGAUAAAAAUUUAUAAUAGCUGUCAAACAAAUGAUUUGCUUUGUUUAAUAUUUUAAACAAUUUUAUGUAUGUAUUUUUUCCAUACAUCAAGUUGUUAACACAUUUCAAAACCAAAAAAGAAAUAAAUAAUAGGAAAAGCGGAACGAGGUCCGCCGGGUCAGCUAGUAAAAUAUAUAACCCUCUUUUUAAAAUAUUGGGCCACUUAAUAUUUUACCUACAAGGAUGUAGAGUCUUUUUAUAUUCACAAACUUCAUACAAAUUCCUUUAAUUUGCUUUCUGUGCAUCGUUAUAUAAAUCCUUAAAUAUAAUAGGAGUGUGGAUGUUGGGUUGUGACAAGAAAAUCGUAUGGGAGGGGGUCUUUUGUCCUCCGUUUAGCCGGGAGGGACAGUUUUCUAAAAAAUUGGUUUAUCUUAAAUUUAAACGAUAUUUAUCAAUAAAAUGUUCAAAUAAACUCAAAAGAAUUUGAUUUUGCUCAUAAAAAAAGAAAGUAAGUCAUUUAGACCUGCAGAAAUAUGGUGUUUUAUUUCAUCUCAAAAGUUCAAACAGAAAAACUGUUCGAUGAAUAAAUCUAAUUUUUCUAAAAAAACUUUAAAAUGCCUAUUUUGCUUUUCUAAAUUAAUCUCAAAAAUAAGAAAACAUUUUGUUUAACAAAGCAAACUUAAUUCCUUUGUAGAAAAUUUAAUGAAGUUUUUAAAUGUGUCCUUGAAUAUUCUGUACAGUGAUCCGUUGUUGAGAUAUUAGCUGUGUUUUAUUUUCCUCGUGAUCCAGAUCAGAUCGUUGUUUUUAUUAGCCUUUCAACAAAAACAGGAUUUAGUUUUGUUAUUGUUUCGCAAAUAAAUUAAUGAUGUGAUCCAUUUCAGAUCAUUGUUUUUAUUAACUUUACAACAAAAGCAGGAUUUUGUUUUGUUAUUGUUUCGCAAAUAAAUUAAUGAUCUGAUCCGGAUCACGAGGAAAAUAAAACACAGCUAUUGAUAGGCAAAAUUAUGGUUUUUGUUUUGAUGACUGAUAUUGCAGUCUAAACAAAUCGUAGAAGUUUGAAACAAAAUGAAUCUUAAAGCCAAAUAAAUAGCCUUUCUAAAAAUAAUAAACUUUAUCAGAAAAAAUUUUCCCACUUUCUUAAGAGAAAAAUAAAAACAAACAAAAUGGAAAAUUUUGGUUUUUGAACAGUUCCAAGGAUUUAGCUAUUUUACCGUUAGAAAUGAAAUAUUUUAACAUUUAAUCCUAAAACCAGAAGAAUAGAGCUUUCACAUGCUUUUUAUUUUUUACUGAGAUACAGCCUAUCGAAAAUCACUAAAAAAAAUCACGAUUUUUUUUGUUCCCCUAAUUUUUUGGGCUAGUGUAUUUUUGAAAAAAAAAAAUCCAAACUUAAAAUUUUGAAAAAAAUUAUAUGCUUUUAUGACUAUAUUGCUUUAAGGCCCUAACAACUAAUACAAUCCAUCGGUGGCAAGCGCGCCAGAGACAAGGCGCAUUCACGAAUCUAGUGACUACAUAGUCGACUCGUUCUGAUUGGCUGAAAACAACUAAAAAAUUAGUUAAAAUUUCCCCUCCGACGCAAAGUGGUCAAAAACAGUAUUCUACCUGGACAUUAAUAUUUUGUGCUCGGUAACAGACAUAUACUGCCCUAGCGAGGUAUUCCAUCGGAGCGGAGAUUUUCCUCAACGCAUACUCCGUCGGAGGUUCAAAUUGCAUUCGAGGUAUCUUUCAUCGGAAAAAAUACUAGAGAAAUUCUACGACGCAAUAAUUUGACAUGCGUCAGAUUCAAGAUUUUAAUAGUGAUGUGCAAAGUAUACCGAUAUAUCGAUAAGUUGGUAUAUCUUUCGAUAUUUUUAUAUAAAAACACCUAAAUACAUUUAAAUUGUCAUAUAACUAUAUAGAGAGUUUCAUUUCAUAGUUUCUCAUAAGUAUAUAAGAAUGUCAAUGUACGGUAAAUUACACCCUUGCGUUAAUUUAAAAAUAAAUCGAUAUUCCGAUAUAUCUAUUCAACAAAAUAUCGAAUCGAAAAAUAUCGAUAUUUUUUUUUGGAGAAGGCCAUCUCUAUAAUUAUCACAUAUGACAGAAAAAAACAACAGAUGACAAAAAAAAAAAAAAAAACAAUUCAAAGAAUAACAAACGAGUUGAAGUUAUUUCAUUGAAGAAAAUUAAAGUGUCCGUGACAAGUGUCGCGUUGUUUUUGAAAGCCAAGGGUAAAAAAACUUAAGAAAAAAGGAAUAUUUUAAAAAGUGAAAGAAAAUUUAUUUAAGAAAGACCGCCCGCCAGUGCCCGCGAUUUCUUUUCAAUUUUAUUUUAUGUUGGACUUAUGUAUAGUCAAGAACAUCCUUUUUUCCAUUCAUCAACAUCCCUUUGUCGUGGUCCAAUUCAAUUCAACUGAUUGGGCAGAUCUUCCCAAUUUAUGCACAAUUUUUGGUGAUCUUGUAUCUGUCAAGAAUACAACAAUUAAAAGUACUUCAUCGCAUGCAAUGACAUGCGUUGAAAUUUGUCGGAGAAAAUUUCCGAUCAGCUGAUCGGAGAAAUACCCCGAAGCAAAAAGUCUCCGAUUCGUAGAAAAUCGGAAAAAAUCCGCUCCGACGGAAUACCUCGCUAGGGCCGGUAGUACCAUGGGUAAAGCUUUACAAAUAACUCAGCAGUUUUUGUGCAGAAACUCCUUAACCUUUCAACAUUGAUUUCCAAGCCACACGAAAUAGUAUCAAGGAUUGUUGAAAAAGCUGAAAUAAGACCAGGAUCCAGUCCCGUGAUCGAUGCUGACUCUAAACUAUUUUUGAAAAAACGGCGGGCAGUGCUGUCAUCGUUAGUCGUGCCACUCCCAAGCUUUGGUAUAUCUACAAGCAAACCCAUUUUUUGUUCGAAAUUGUUCUUGGAUCGGUUUCUUUUGUUCUCCUACAAUUGUUUUUUCCACAUCCGUUCUUGCUUGCCAUUUUUUUAUGGGAAGUUUGUAAGAAACAUGUAAAAAACAUUCAAAGAAACGGAUCCAUGCGUGAAGGGUGAAAGGUCCAAACUCAUAAUUUUUUUCGUUGGCUGGCUUUUUUAAUGUACUCUCCACCACAAGUUUGUUCAUCAUUUUUGGGGUAGCUUUUACAAAUAUAGCAAACCUGGGAUGAACUUCCUGAUAUGCCAUUGCAUACUUUGCCAUCAACCAUUUUCAAAAGCAUCUUGUGAUGAAUUUUAAAUUCAUGUCCAUCUUUAUUUACCAGAGUGGGUGUCAAACAAACUAUUUGUGCCUCUAGCUGACCCCUAUUGCACCAACCACUUUGCAUUUUGCAGCUUUGCAAAACAAUACUUUUCUGCAAAGUAAAAGUGCAAAGUGUUGCACAAAAAAUUAAAAGUUCCCCACUUUGCACUUUGCAAUUUUUGAUGUUUUUUUUGCAGAGAAAAUUAUAUAUUUAAUCAUAACACUUCAUGGGGUUCAACAGAAUCAGAAAUAAGAUAAUUCACAUAUAAAAAAAACAAUAGUUUUAUUUAAAAAAAAAACAAAGAAAGAAAAAUUAAGCCUGGGGUGGUAUAGCAACCCUGUUGUCAUCGGAAGGUAAAACAACAAUAUCUCUUGAAAUUUUGUUGUACUUUACUCUAUCAUUUGUUAUUUUGUUGUUUAUAGUUACUUAGACUGUUGCUUUGCUGUAAUUUGUUUAAAGAAGAAAAUAAUAGAAUUUUCAAUAUCAAUAUAAUUUCAUUAUUUUAACUUUAAAUUGCAAUCAUUUUUUGAAUGACGGAUAAUUUUGAAUAAGGUGGUUGGCAAUUCUAGAGGAGGCUAUGUGGCCAUGAAGCAGAGGGCAGAGGUGCGUUCUUUAUUUUACCAUCGUUUACUUAUGUUUAUAUUAUCGAACUAAAUAGUCUAUUGUUAAGUUACAAUUUGUAACUAUUUGAAAUGGUUCCUAAACUCCUUUUGAAGUGUCAAAUAGUCACGAUUCGUAACUUUAUCCAACACACUUCCAUGAUACGAGUUUAGUGAGUUGUUGAUCUAAAAAUAAGAUGUUUGAUUUUCAAGACAAUUCAAACAUUUGUAUUACUUUUAUUAAUCAGCGAAAAAUUUAGUUAAAAUGUAAUUUUGGAAAUGAUGGGAGAACAUUUAUUUUGAAUAAAAACAUGAUUUUCGGUUAUAACAAAGGAAUUGAAAUUAUUAUAAAAAAAAUUCAUUUGACAGUUUAUCAUUAUCUGAAAACAAAUCGUUUUUAAAUGAUUUGUAAAAAGAACACAACAAAUUCUAAUAAUGCCACUUCAACUUCUUUUCACAUAGUAACCAUGGUUAAAUAUUCCCAAUAGUUAAUUAUUCCUAAUUUCAAAAUUCAUUCCUAAUUUUACAUCACUCACGUACCUAUUACUAUACUCUAUCUUCAAAAAGUCAUUCAAAGCGAUUCAUUUUAAAUUAUCAUUUAAUAUACCCAAACUAUACACGAGAAAUGGCCAUCCGCAAAUGAAAUUUUGUCUUUGCUUAUUAUUGCAAAACUUUGCAGAAUUUGAUAUGGAACGUGCAAAGUUUUUUUGGUUUUUUUUUUUCAGAAAAGUACUUUGCGCUUUGCAAAUUUGCGGUUGGUGCAACAAAAUUUGCAGAGAAGGAAUUUUUGUUUUACUUUUCAAAAAAAUAAUCUCCUCUUUGUAAAUUGGAGUUUGGUGCAAAAGAAUUUGCAAAGUUAAACUGCAAAUUUGCAAAAUGCAAAUUUGGUGGUGGUUGGUGCAAUAGGGCCCUGGUCGUGGAGCUCUUUGGACAUUUGUGUUGUUUCCUUCUUAAACAUAAGCUUUAUUGGCCUACAGUACCGUGUUGAUUCUGGACUCGGAUUAUUCCACAAAGUUAUAUCAUCAGUAAUAGUGCUAAGUUUUAAAGGUACUAAAGAUGCAACAAAUAAGUCAGAGUCAGAAGUAUUUUCAUCUGCAAACUUUUGCUUGUAGAGUCCUUGACCAGAGUUGCCAUCAAAGCCCCAUUUAAAAAUUUUAAGGUCACAAUUUGAUGUUCUUUUUAAAACAUCAGUACCAAGGAUAACAAAAGGGCGUUGAAUUGUAUGAUCUAAUAAUGACUGGAGCUCCACUUCCCCUGAACCUUCAGUUAUAAUUAUUGAUGAAGGAUAACAUUCCUUUUUAGCUUCUAAGGAGCGAUGGUAAUACUAUGUUUCCACUUACGCUAAAUUCGAGAUUUAGCUAAGUAGAUUUACCUUAAAUCUCGAGAUUUAUUCUAAUCUCGGUUUGAGGGUAGCUGAACUAGGUGAACCUAAAUCCACCAUUUAGCGAAGUAGAUUUAUUCUAAAUCUCGAGAUUUAUUCUAAAUCUACUUAGCUAAAUCUCGUAUUUAGGUCAGGUGGAAACGUAGUAUAAGGAGGGUAAAUUGGAGCGUUACAUUCAUUUGCCUGUUUUCGCAUUAGUUGAUAAGAAUUGAGGUACAAAUAUUUAAUCUGUGGUUUAGCAACUUUUAUCUUCUGAAAUCGGUGGUAAGAUUCCGGUUUAGCACUGGUGCAAGGUCCACAUAUGUAAAAAUAACCACAUCCAUACUUAAACCGAACUUGACCCGCAGCUAAUCCGCCGAAAUCGGUCUGUUAAAUUCCUGAUCCGAGGCUGAACCACGUUUGUACAACUGGCCCUGAUUGUUUCGCAUCCAACAUAAAUGCCAGCGCUUCCACAAGACGAUAAGAUUUGGGUUUAGGUGAAGAUGCACUUGUAUUUGUUAAGCGCUUUAUUUUUGUAGCACUACCGGGAGAACCUGAAACUGUCAUAUUUAUCAGCUUUGCUGCAUCUUUUUUUCCGAAGCACGUAAACUUGUUUCCGCGGCAAACACUAACUCAGAAGAACUAGCUGAAUCAACCAAAUGUUUUACCUUGCGUUUCUUUGUUUUUGUGCACGUCUCUAUAAAUUCCUUUUUAGGCCUGCCUGCAGACUUUCUUUUUAUGGGAGUAUGGUCAGGUUCCGAAGUGAUAACAGGUAACUCAAUAAACGAACUUACUUACCACAAACUGUAUUUUUUUUUUAAACGCUCAUAGUUUCUUCCACAUUCAUUCCAUUUUUUGGCUACAAAUCCUUCAAAAUUCUUAAUCUUCUCAUAAAUGUUACCUUUAAUGCUUUGGGAUAUAUGAUUGAUUUAAAAUUUUUGCAAAAUAAACUCAAGUAACGACGACAGCUUAUUCCCACGAGCACAUUUCAUCCAUUCGUCGAAAAGUUCUAUUCUAGAAAUCUGCCUACAGUCUGCAAAAAACGAAAUAACUUCGUAAUUCGCAAUAAAAAGCUAAAGAUUUUUUACAGUCUAUUAGCUUAUAUACAGUGCGGUUCACAUGGUUAGACGCACAAAUUUUCUUUUACUUAAAUUUCAUUUUUUUGUAGGUGUGUACAAGAAUAACCAAAACAAUUGUAUUCAUUAGAAUGGUUAUUUAGUUCUUAAUAGAAAAACAAAAAGAAAUAGUGGGUGAGUGGAAGUUAUCGGUACUUUUUACUCCUUCUUGUCUCUGAUGUAAGAAAAAAGGGCACUUUUUUGGUUCAUAUGAUUAGACGCGCACCUUAAAUUAGUUAGUUUGGCGAGAUCUAUUGCACUGAUUUGAUUAAAUUUGGAAGAUUAAGCAUCAAGGAGUAUUUUUUUGUGAGUUUCAUUCAAAAUCUGUACAAAAAAGUUCUGAGCGCGAAAGAAAAAGUGAAAAAUGACGCGUUGGAUUCCAAAAGUGUUUCCAUAGGCACCGUUGCCAAAACAAUAGGAUGAAGUGACCAUUUCAAGAGGAUUUAUUUUUUAGACAGUGCCUCCUACGGUAAAAACUUCAAGGGAGGAACAAUAGAAGCUUUAACACCUCAGGAAAAAAGAAAAUUUAGAAGAGAAGCUUCGAAUUCAGCCCUAUCCACGAGCAAAAUUAAAGAAAAAGCUGGGAUAAUGGAAAGAACAUCAACUUUCGGCAAACUAUUUUGAGUACCGAACAUCCUUAAUUAAAAUAAAACUUAAAAAUAGCCACUAAAAAACUCUGUUUGAAAAGAAUAGCGGUUGGAGAUCGCACUCUUCACAUAACGUAUGAAACAAGUUACUGAAGUUUUCUAAACUGACCAAAUGUGUUAUUUUUAAAUGAAAAAAAGCUUAAUUUGAAUUGUUCGGUACUCAAAAUAGUUUGCUGAAAGUUGAUGUUCUUUCCAUUAUCCCAGCUUUUUCUUUAAUUUUGCUCGUGGAUGGGGCUGAAUUCGAAGCUUCUCUUCUAAAUUUUCUUUUUUCCUGAGGUGUUAAAGCUUCUAUUGUUCCUCCCUUGAAGUUUUUACCGUAGGAGGCACUGUCUAAAAAAUAAAUCCUCUCGAAAUGGUCACUUCAUCCUAUUGUUUUGGCAACGGUGCCUAUGGAAACACUUUUGGAAUCCAUCGCGUCAUUUUUCACUUUUUCUUUCGCGCUCAGAACUUUUUUGUACAGAUUUUGAAUGAAACUCACAAAAAAAUACUCCUUGAUGCUUAAUCUUCCAAAUUUAAUCAAAUCAGUGCAAUAGAUCUCGCCAAACUAAGUAAUUUAAGGUGUGCGUCUAAUCAUGUGAACCAAAAAAAGUGCCCUUUUUUCUUACAUCAGAGACGAGAAGGAGUAAAAAGUACCGUUAACUUCCACUCACCCACUAUUUCUUUUUGUUUUUCUAUUAAGAACUAAAUAACCAUUCUAAUGAAUACAAUUGUUUUUGUUAUUCUUGUACACACCUACAAAAAAAUGAAAUUUAAGUGAAAGAAAAUUGGUGCGUCUAACCAUGUGAACCGCACUGUAUCAAGCUAAAUAAAAACAUUAAACUUAAACGAAUGGCACUGGACGAUCACAUUGACGCAAUACAAAGCUGAGACAUAUCACAAAGUUAGUUCAAAUGUUUCUAAACAAAUACUAAAAACUAAUUUUUCAAAAUGUAGCUUUAAUUAUAUCAAACACUAACCUUCAGUGCAUAGCUUAAUUUAAAUAUUAACACUUUAAUUUGAUUAGGACAUCAGUUCACUUUAACGGCUGAAUUUUGUUUAAUUUUCUUUUUGUAUUCAUGUUAAUCAAACAUGUGACUUUGAUCUCGCGUGAUACCGUUAUCUUACCAGUGAUGUCAUACGUUUUUAUGAGGGAUUGUGCAUUUACCCAAUGUAGCCAUAUGUGAGGUUUUUAAUUAAUUUCGGAUCACUUUUUUUUUUAAUUAUGUCCACCUAGAUCAACAAAAUUGACCACUGUGCGACUUAGUGUAAAAAUUUCGACUUCAAGUUAGUUGACAUUUCUCAGUCUGCUGUUUGAUGGAAAUAAUUGUAUUUAAUUUAAUUUUUUUUGUGGAGUUGAUGAAAAAAGAAAAAAUAAUUGUACAGUAUUUAAAUAUAAAUUAUGAAACUGAAAUAUUAUGAAAGGAAAAAAGCUAUUUAAACCACUCAAAACGAAUUUUAUUUCAUAUGUUUUCAUCAGUCAAAUAUGACAGUUCACGUUUGACUAGUUUUGUGCAAAUUCGCAUUCCAUGAUUAAUUCAGGGUCAACCCAAUCAGUAUUGGGAUGAACCUGAAUUAAUAAUUUUUUUCACUUUAUUGUGUCCUCAUACAAAUCCGCAAUAAAAUAAAUAAAAAAAAAGUUGACUGUUUAAUAAAUUAAUUUACCAAUAAAUUCAGGAUUUGUUCUGUUCUUAAGAGUCGGAGAUAAGGUAUUAAAUUUUUGUUUGCAUUUUUUUUAUCUGAAUGCAUAGUACUUCAAGAGUCAAAAUUUUAAGUCGAUUAGGGCAAAAUUGAGGAAGUAAUGAAAUAAUAGGUCAAACAUCCGGUACACUGAGGGAAAAAACAAUUUAAAAUCAACGAAAACUACGUUGAUUCAACUAUUUUUCUACAUGAUUUAUGAUUUUGCGUUGAAGACGAAAAUUUUAAAAUCAAAGGAGAACAUCGUUAGUUUAAAGUGGUUAACAGUUAUAAAACAUCUUCAAAUCAAAGUUGUUUCAACUUUACUUAAGAAAAAGCAUCAAUUUAUAAAAAAAAAUAAAAAAUGGGCAGCCCUGGUGAUCGAACCUACAACUCUUGGGUUACUAGACGAAUGCUUUACCAACCUGCUAUCUCACUGUUGAAAAUUAGAGUGAUAAAAUUCAACAAAAGCUGAAGUCCGAUAAAAAUUAAAAAAAUUUCUUACGUAGUUUCAAUUUUAUUUUGAAGAAGUUUCAUGUUAAUUUUUUCAACAUUAAAUCAAAGUUGAAUAUUUUAGGUUGCGUUUUUUCCCUCAGUGUAGUUGGCAGUCGGGUCCAAUUAAAACGGCUUUGACUUCGUCCUGUGUUAUAACGUUUAAAGCUGAACAUACUUCAAUGAAGUGUACGGAAUUCUCAAGUCUACAAAGUGAACUAAAGGGUGACUUGUAUGCUGUAGUUUACUUUGUUGCGUGGUAUAUAAACGAAUGUACUGUUGAUAAAAUAGUUAAUUUGUUAUGUUUCGUUGCAACAGGCGGAAUUGUGAUGAUGUUCUCAAAGUAUAUGUUCGCUAUGAAAGUAUAUAGAAGUUUUCUUCUUAAUUGAUUUUUGUACACUUAUUCAAAAAAAAUAUUCACGCUUUCGACGAAAAGUAAUCUUUUCUACAUAAUAUAGUUUUAAAGCCGCAGUUAAAAUUUCUAAGUAAUUCAUCAAGUUGUUUUCGAGCAGCGUUCCUACCCAGUUUAAAAAAUUUAAUUUCCAUAAAUAUGCGUUAAAAGCUAGGUAAAGAAGUACAAAUUAUUUACAUGCUUUUUAGUGUUUAAUAGACUCUCAAAGCAAAUGAACAAAUUCAGGACUUUUUAGGAGGCGACUGGUGCUAGCCACAUCUGGAACGAUAAAAUAUACCUAUUUAAAAUUUUUCAACUUUUAUAGAUUCGUCUUUUCGGAUGCCUGCCGUGGAAGAUAGUCAAGGAGCUCCAUUAACAUACAUAAUUGCCCAAAACUCCACCGUCCUUGCUCGUCUUAUGAUGGAGAACGAGAAUCGUAGCAUUAAUCCAUCUUGCUAUACCACUCCAGCAUCGGUAUUUAAUACUUUAGCCGUAGAUGUAGAUCAAGAUAAGUCUAAGAUAUCAAAUAACAUUAACCCGGCGGAUAUAUCUCUCAAAACUACGAAAAUCCCUGCUUCAAAACUUCAAAAGUUGGAUCCUACGAUUGAAGAAAACAUAUCAAUUAAAAAAACCCAUCCCCUAAAAUCAGAUAGUUUAGGAAAUGACAGUAAACCCAUGUUAAUAUCUACAACUCUAGACUCACAUUUAAGCUCUUCGUCUACAUUAUCUUCGAUCUGCGAUAAUACUACCUCACAUAGUCCUACUCACAAAAAAAUACUUGAUCCAUCCACAAACAAAAUCGACUUGAAAAAUAAUCAUUGCAAUAUCGAACAACAUUUUACCGGCCCUAGUUCAAAAAAUGUUCUAAGCUAUACUCAUAAUGACCAUUUGACUCAUCAAUAUGUAUUGGACCAAAAACUGCAGCAUAAUAAAAUAAAGCCUUUACAAUCUUCAAAAAUUUGCUCGCUCAUUCGUGAAACUGGCAAUAUCAAUACACUUGACUUAAACAAAAGUCUUAAUGCACCUGAAAAUUUCGAGAGGCAACCACGUACAUUUUAUGGCAGUCUCGAAAGAAAUCAACAAGUACAUAAGUCUGUACAACAAAUAUGUAUGCGUCCAAAAGGUGGGAGCCUAGAACGUAAUCAAUCAGUUGCAGACGUUAAAAACAUAUUUCGCAAUCGUACAUUCCGAGGUGGUAGUCUUGAAAGAAAUCAACAAAUGAAUAGUUAUCACUCGAGAAGCCUUGAAUGUAGUUACCAAAUGUAUCGGCCACCAAUGGAUACUACUUUAGAAUCAGAACAAGAAGGUAUAUAUGACUUUGGGGGAGCGAAGGUCAAAAGCUGUGCAUUAUCCAAUAACAAAUUGGUUUCAUCUCAAGGUGGAUGCACUUUGCAACAUUUUGAUAAUGAACAAUCCUGUUCCCAACCACCUUUAACAGAAGCACAACGAUCGUCCUCUGCCUCUUGUAACAUUCAGCAACCGCAUCCUUCACAUCGGCAUUUUGUUAAAAGAAAAGAAAAUAUGGGCCAUAUUAAAACUCCUAAAAACACAAUGUAUACAUCAAUGAUUCCUAACAAUAAUUACAUAAGAACCUCUGAUGGUUUUCAAACGAGCUCUGCCCCUCAACCAAGUUCGUUGCCCAUAUUACGAAAAAAUAUACCAGUAGAUAAUUCAGUCCCAUGUCUUCAUAAAGUAUCAACAACUCUGCAACGACAGCAAGAAAAAACACGACAGUUCUUCGAAGUGGAUGCUUCUGAAAGACAACCUUUUGAAUCUGGAUAUAAGCCCAAUGAACAAUGUGUAAACAAAGAUAUACGCACGCAGAUACAAUUGACAAGACCAGUUAGUAAGGACCAAUAUGUUGCAAGUGAAGUGGAUAGUGAGUGGUUUAUUCAUGAAGAACACGCAUUCAAACUCACGCAAGAGGAGAUUGAACAAAAACGUCUUAAACAGCAAAUAGAAAGUGAAAUUGAUAGCAAAUGGCUCAUUCAAGAAGAAAACGCUUUGAAAAAACGUCUCAGUCUUAUUAAUUCAAAUACGGAUUCAGAUACUACUGCUCAGGAAGAUAACAACUCCUUUUCACAUGCAAACAUUAAUCGCGAUUGGUCUCAAAAUUCAAAUAACUUAAAUUUAACAUCUAGACCCAGUUCACCGGGAUGUAAUACAGCAAAUCAACAUAUAAGCUCCUCAGCGCCAGGAACCGACUGUUCAACAGAAGCAUCAUUUCUUUCCAAAGAAUUGUAUGAAGGCAAAAAUAAUGUUCUUGAAUCUACAAAAUAUCAAAAAUUAGUUCAAGUUACUGAUCGUUCAAAUGAUGAGGUAUAUUCAGCCACCACAAGUGUAGUUCGAGCAAUAAUGACACUUUCACAAGGUGUUGAAAAAGCAUGUGCUGCAGAGUACUUAGAAUUGGUUAGAUAUGUGGGAAUUGAACUUCGAAGUCUUCUAGUUUCAGUGGAUAAACUAUCCAUACUAUUUCCUCCUCAAGCUCAUAAAGAAGUAGAAAUGGCACAUCAAGUAUUAUCGAAGGAUAUGUAUGAGUUGGUUUCAACAAUGCGCCUGGCUCAACAGUAUAACGAAACGACGUUAGAUGUGGAAUAUAGAAAGAGUAUGCUGUCAGCAGCCCAUGUUUUGGCAAUGGAUGCCAAAAAUUUACUUGACGUCAUUGAUUCUAUUCGAGCACGAUAUGUGUUUGUUAACCAAUGGAGUAACACACAACAUUCUUCAUUUCAAACCAAUAAAGUAGUAUCAGAUAAAUUGGUACAGGAAAAUGAUGUACCUCAAAAAGAUAAUUCCUUAUCCCAGAACUACCAGUUGUCUUCAACGUUACCAUUGCAACCUUCCCAUACAAAUGAAGAAGGUUACCAAAUUAUGUCAAAAGACACAUCGGAAAACAGUGUUAGUUCUCAAAUUCGAACUAACAUUACUAACUCGUUUUCAGUUGGUUGCUUCGAAAUUUAUGACAACAAAUGCGCAAUAAAUGAACAUAUUAGAUAUGUUGAACCGAAAUCAACCAUAUCGGGUUCCAACGAUUUUGACGAGUCAUUAAAUGAUAUGGUAGUUCGGUCUUCAACAAAAUCUUUCGAAAAUAUUGAUACCACAAAUAAUUCCAAAGAAUCCCCAAAUGAAUCGCUUAAAAUCGUGGAAGGAAAUAAUCAUGUGUACUGUAAUCUAUUAAUAACAUCUGGAACAGAGCAACUUGUUCACAAUUAAUAAAUUAAAGUUAUCUAUUUUAGCGAAACAUA